AUGGCCGGUGCAGCGAAGGCGUCUUGGAUGGUGGCCAUGAGCGUGGGCGCGGUGGAGGCGCUCAAGGACCAGGCGGGACUCUGCCGGUGGAACUACGCUCUGCGGUCCAUCCACCGGGCAGCCAAGGCCAAAUCCAACAUCCACGCCGGCGUCUCGCAGGGCAAGAAGCAGCUUCCGGCCUCGGCGGCGGCCGUGCCGGAGAGGCGGCGAGCGGAGAAGGCCGAGGAGGGGCUGAGGACGGUAAUGUACCUCAGCUGCUGGGGACCAAACUAG